GGCGGCGGCGCGGCGGGCGAGCAAUGCCCCUCGCUCCUCUGCUUACGCUGCCCUUCCUCCUUCUCCUCACGCUCCCGGCUCUGAAGCUUUUGUUUACCCCGGCCACUGUGAUGGCAGGAAACUUCCCGGAGGGAUGGGCUCAGGCCGGGCUUGUGCUGCGCCGGGCUCCGCAGGGCUCCGGUCGCAUCGUGAGUUUAUUUGGGAAGACAAUAAUUAGCUGAAUAAACAGCACAAGAUGACUUAUGAUUCCUGCUAUUCAUGGGAGCCUCUCUGGAUUGUCCCUGCAGAAUGCUGCAGCUUCCUUUCCUUCAUAGUGUUCUCAGCUUGUGGAAUCAUAAACCUCAGUGGAACUUUGGGUGGAAAUACUGACAUGAACUUAAGAACUUUGAUGCUUUCAAACGCUGAAUUUUGAUUGUUAAGUGACCAGUUCAAAAUACUGCCUGAACAAGAUGAAAUGCCUUGAAGACCUUUGGUUCUGCUUUCAUUUUUCCUGAAGCAAUGGUUUUCUCAGCAAUGUUGACGCUGGCCCACUCUGGGACCUCAAAUGCUACUUUCAUAGUUUAUGAAAAUGCCUAUAUGAAUUUUACCACCCCCCAGUUCUUGCUUCAUAGUGGCACAACACAGCCGUUGAGAUAUGGUUCAGGUGCUGUGCUCACCGCUGAGAGAAGUACUUUCCUGGUAAACACCACAGCUAUCCUGCCAUCACAAGAAGUUUUCAGGAGCUUGAGUUUGCCACUCCAGAUCCUUCUUUCUGCUGCUAUGAUAUUUAUCCUAUUGGUUUCUUUCCUUGGGAACUUUGUUGUCUGCCUGAUGGUCUACCAGAAGGCAGCUAUGCGAUCUGCAAUUAAUAUCCUCUUAGCAAGCCUGGCUUUUGCAGACCUGCUGCUGGCAGUGCUGAACAUGCCAUUUGCUCUGAUAACAAUCAUUACCACACAUUGGAUUUUUGGGGAUAUAUUUUGCAGAGUUUCUGCCAUGUUCUUCUGGCUUUUUGUCAUAGAGGGGGUAGCCAUUCUUCUUAUUAUUAGUAUUGACCGAUUUCUUAUCAUAGUUCAGAGGCAAGAUAAACUGAACCCCUACCGUGCAAAGAUUCUUAUUGUGAUUUCCUGGGCAGCAUCCUUUGUUGUUGCUUUUCCGUUAUCAGUAGGGAAUCCUAACCUGCAGAUACCUUCGAGAGCACCUCAGUGUGUUUUUGGCUACUCUACAAGCCCAGGUUACCGAGCCUACGUGAUAAUUAUCUUGCUAAUUUCUUUUUUUAUUCCAUUCCUGAUAAUGCUGUAUUCUUUUAUGGGCAUACUCAACACCGUCCGCCACAACGCAGUUCGUAUCCAUAGCCACCCUGAUAGCAUAUGUCUCAGCCAGGCCAGCAAACUUGGUCUCAUGAGCUUACAGAGACCUUUUCAGAUGAAUAUUGAUAUGAGCUUUAAAACUCGUGCCUUCACAACCAUCUUGAUUUUGUUCCUUGUCUUCAUAGUCUGUUGGGCGCCAUUCACCACUUACAGCCUUAUUGCCACGUUCAACAGCCACUUCUACUACAAGCACAACUUUUUUGAGAUAAGCACUUGGCUCCUUUGGCUCUGCUACCUCAAGUCUGCACUGAACCCACUGAUUUACUACUGGAGGAUUAAGAAGUUUCACGAUGCAUGCUUAGACUUGAUGCCCAGAUUCUUCAAGUUCUUGCCACAGCUCCCUGGCCAUACGAGGCGGCGCAUCCGGCCCAGUGCCAUCUACGUGUGUGGGGAGCAUCGGUCGGUAGUUUGAAACUGCGGGUGCUUUGACAGUGAUUGUUGUUUGCUGGGGUCAUUUGUUUUUAGGCUUUAGGUUGAAUUUUGUUUUGUUUCACAUGGCUUUUUCGGUGUGGCCAUAUCUUAUAACUUGAUUAAAUUUUCAGUACUCUGUGCAAUUUUGGGAAGAUGGAGGGAGGGAAUGUGAUUGGCUGUAGUUAGGUUUACUACCAGAAUACAAUGUAAACAGAAUAACAAAUGUUACCUCUAGGAUUCCAUGGAAAUCCGUUCUUUUAAUGAAAACUAUAUUUGGAACAUCUUGUCAGGUUUAUGCUUACUAGGCCUGCAAUUUUAUCUAAUUGUGGGGACUUUUUUUAUGCUGCUAAGAUAUGAUGUAUUUUGUUGGUGUAAUUUUUUUUUAAAAACUAUUGCUGCUGUCAAUAUAUUAGAGCCAAAAAGUCUCAUUAGAUUAUUUCUAUCUAAUUUAACGAUAUUUCAGAAGUUUCCAUGGUAACAUUAAAAACCUUU